AUGUUUCCGCUCAGCUGUUUCAUAUUUUUCUCAAUUUUUUCUGUCACUGUUCAACUGUCACAGUUUGAUCCAUUAAUCAAAAGAUUUACAAGUGAUGAAUUUGAGCAGAAUCCAAUUGGAUAUGCUUUUGCACAUCUGCUAGAUGAUUCCAGUCCAAAACAGAACGAAAAAAUUUAUACAGUCAAACAUUCGAUUGACGACAGUGGUCAAGAUGACACGGAUGAUUAUCCAAACUUUGGUAACGUAGCUGGCAAGAAAUCGCGUGCUCAGUCACUUCCAACACCAAACUUUUCCUAUAAACCACAAGAACAAGUUAACUCGCAAGCAUCUGGAGCCAUUACUUUAGGCGAACACACCUGUGUACGUGAACGAAGAGUUGAAGUUCUGAAUCCCACAGACUACGUUUCUUGCACACAUUUUGACAAUGCCGUACGCUGUGUUUCUGGUCAUGGAAACUUUUCAACGGUACGUAUCGUUGAGUGUUGCGAAGGUUAUCGAGCAGAAAAUAUUCAUAGCGGAUGCAAAUUUGAAAGCGAUACAGCUGAUAUGUACGAUCUGUUACCAAACAACACCGAAUGUUUCAAGUCGUUUUCGGAUGAUGUCGUAACAAGCUCGACCAUCUUUCUGCCUCCUGAUGAACAGUGUUCUAAGGAAAAACAGGAACUAGACAUUAAAAAUUAUGCUAUUAAAGGUGUUUAUCAUGAUUAUGAUCUACUCAAUGGUCAGAGACUUCGAACUAAAUCCGGCGGCUACGUAAUUGCUCAAGAAGCUUCUCCAGGCUCAAAAUAUGGCGCUGCUCUGAACUGUAUAGAAAUCAAAGAGGUGAAUGCAAAAGACGGAAUCCUGUUUAAACUGUCGAAAAAAAUUGAAGCCAGCUACAAAACAGUAGAACAGUAUUUUGCAUCCGAUUCUGGUUUCACCGUCUUCAGAAAUCAUCUUAUCAGGGAGCACAUUUUUAGCGGUUUUCACUGUUCAUCACGUUUGAACAGUAGUUCGAUCAGUGCUUUAAGCGGUAAUACACAUACCUUUUCUCGAGAGCUAAUCAACGGAACAUUGACUGCUCGAGUAGACAACGCAAAACUGUUAGAAACAGACAAAGUCUUCACAAAUGGAAUUGUUCACGCUAUUGAUGACGUCAUAUUUGAUCAGAAAUUUGCUGAUUGGCGAGAUCAUUUGGAAAUUUUUGAUCAAGAAUUUUUGAAGCUUGUUGAAGAGAUAAAUCCAAACGACGACAAUAUUUCUGCACUGAUAGUGCCACCAAAAGAACUUCUAACUAACAUUACCGAUAAGAAAGCCUUUGUUUUGAAUCAUAUUGUUCCAAUUAAAACUGAAAAAAAAAAUCGAAAGCUUAUCUCAACCGCUUAUGGUUCUGAGAUUCCAUCAACGUUGAAUCUACAAGAUUCGGGCCACUCCUGGCAGACUAUGAUCGGUUGUGUUGCCUUGACAAAACAAUCAGUUCGUCUGUGUGAUACAGAUAUUCAUUUUGUUGAAAAAGUAUUACCGGUUGUAAAAAAGAAUCUUUUGGAAUUGGUCAACGAUCGGAAAGAUUUAAGCGUUUUUGCUUCUUUCCUAGCAAAUUCAUCGGUGAUCCAGGAGUUGGAUUUGGAAACACCAAAGACACUGUACACAUUAUUUGUGCCAUCUGAUGAUGCAUUUUCCAAGAAUCAAAUAAAAACGUUACAAAGAAACGAGACAUUGGCGGAAAACUUUGUUCGACGACAUAUCUUUAAAGGCUUUAUUUGUUCACUAAAUGCAACAGAUUCAAAAGCAGAUUCGUUGCAAAAUAUAAAUGAUGAUAUAUUCCCACUUUAUCAUAACGGCGACAAGACAUACAUUGGAGACAGUGCAGUUGAUGAAGCCGAUAUAAUUGCUACUAACGGUAUUAUACAGAUAAUUGAUAACGAGUUGAACUCACAGAGUACGCUUCGACGAAGUCCAUACCGUUCAAUUCUUGAUAUUUUUACAUUUUAA